AACACCCCACUCCUCUACGCCAUCUACGGCGGUCAUCGCGAUGUCGUGGAUGAACUUGUGCGUCGAGGCCGCACCCUCUUUGAACGCAACAACAAGGGCCACACCCCUAUUCUGCAAGCGGCUUGCGGUGGUCACCGUCACCUGGUCGAGUGGCUCCUUGACCAAGGCCAUUCCCUCGUCGAGACGGACAGUGACGGCAAUACCCCGCUCCUCUUCGCCGCUUGGGGUGGCCACCUUGAACUGAUGCAGUUUCUCCUCAGUCGUGGUGCCAACCUGGACGAAGUCAACAACAACGGACACAACGUCUUUCUCAGCGCCGCCAACGGUGGCCAGGUGGAGGUCGUUGACUGGCUCCUGGCCCGCGGUUUUGAACUCAGCGCCCAAAACAGCAACGGUGACACAGCGCUGCUGUUGGCAGCCUACGGCGGCCACAUUCGCCUCGUCAAGCGUCUGCUGGAACUUGGCGCCUCCUUGCUGGAACGUAACCAAUGUGGCUUUACCGCUCUGCUCAGCGCCGCCAACGGCGUGCAGUUGAAGAUGACCGACUGGCUCCUUCGCCACGGUGCCUCCAUCUCGGAGAAGGACAACGAUGGCUACACGGCCCUCAUUCUCGCUGCAUGCUCGGGCAACGUCGAGUUUGUUGAUUACCUGCUGCAGCACGGCGCUAACAUUGAGGAGCGCAACAGCAACGGCGACACCUGCCUGCUCCUCGCCGCCUACUGUGGCCAUUCCAAGCUGGUCGAGGCCCUCAUUGCCCGUGGUGCCAAUUUGCAUGAGCGCAACCGCACCGGUAUGGGUAUCCUCAUCUCGGCUGCCAACGGUGGCCACAUUGAGACAGUCAAGCUGGUCCACAAGUACGUUGGCACCAAGGGCCUCGAGGAGACAGACGAGGGUGGCUAUACCCCGCUUCUUCUGGCCGCACAACGUGGCCAUUAUGAGGUCGUGCGGUACCUGGCUGCCCACGGCGCCAACCUCCACGCCCGUACCUCACGCUAUCGCAGCCAGGCCACGGUUCUUGCCAUGGACUUUCCUGAGAUCGUCGCCUAUCUCGAGCACGUGGCGGCCUUCAACCCACUGCAGGUGGCCAUUGAUGCCCGUGAGACGGACC